AUGUCCAUGUUGCCUUCUUUUACACCAUUAUCAUAUUUAUCUACGGUUGCGGAAUCCGAACUACAGGCCACUUAUGAUGCCGCAUUCGAGCGCUGGAAGGCUGCCAAGCAGGCCAAGUUAGAUGUCAGGUGGGAAAAGGAUGAGAAGAAGAAGUUAGCAGCACAAAAACCGAAUGGUACCAGCGAAUCUUAUCUUGCUUGGGCAGAAUAUUGGAGGGCAGAGAUUACCUUUAUGGAAAGGUGUCAACAAGAAGCUGCCGCUGAGUAUGAAAAUCACGCAAGCCACGCCAAUUUAAUGCUGAAGCGGUAUGGUGUUGAUUCCACAGCAGGGCAGAUUGCAAUGUACCGCUUAGAGCUAACCCGCACAAAGGAGUUUGCAUUGGGUUGUUCCUCUCAAUACUGGACAAAGUGGCAUCAGUUGGUGUCCACCGCUUCGCUGCGGUACUGUCAGCUCAAGGCCGAAGCUUCUGAUGGAGCUGCAGAUGAGGUUGAGAAGGCAAAAGAUAAAUUUCAUGAUUGUAUAAACAAUGAGUCCAAUGGUGAAGCCUUUCUCGAAGCCUGGAAUGCUGCCCUUGCAGCGCUGGAUAGGUGGGAAGAAACAGGUGAUUGUACCGCUUGGGAUAAGACCAAACGAAAGUAUGAUGCCGAAUUGGAAAAAUGGAAUGAGUUCAAACCCACGGGAGAACAAUACGCGAAAAAGCUGGAAACGAGAGUUGACGAGUGUCUUCGAUGGAAGGAGUCAGAAAAAAAGUACAAGGAUGCUGUCGAGCGUUACCAAGCCGCUGAACAAGCUGAGGCAGGUGCUAAGAAGGAAGUGGAUGAGAAAAGGGCUUUAGCAGAAGAAACACAGAAGGGCACCAAAGAGUAUUAUCUCGCUUGGGCAGAAAAACACAAGGCGGAAAUGGUUUUUAUUGAAAUGAUUGAACAAAAAUAUGCUGCUGAGCCUGCAAGAAAUUUCUGCUACACAGAUUGGAUGAACCACAAGCACGGGGCUGACUCCAAGGAAGCACAAAUAGCCCAGCAUCGCGCAGAGUUGGCUCGCACAAGGGUGUUUCUUCACACCAAUUACUCUCCAUAUUGGACGAAAUGGCACAAGUUGUAUUACAAAAUUCGGUGGGUGUAUUAUCAGCUGAAGGCAGGAGGUUAUGACAACUUCGCAGCUGAUCUCGAUAGGGCAAGGGAGAUGUUUUGGAAUCGUUUAAAAGCCAAUGGUGAGGCCUUUCGCGAUGCUCGGAAUGCAGCCGUAGUAGCGUUGGAUAAAUGGGAGCAAGAAGACGAUCGUGCAACCUGGGAUGAGGCAAAACCAGAGUACGACUCCGCACUAGCCAAGUGGAAUGAGUUCAUACCCAAAGGCGAUCAAUAUGCGGAUGAAUUGGAGGAGAAGACUAACUCGUGCAUCAAGAGUUUUGCGCCGAUAUCGGACUUGUUUUGUGAUCACAUUGGUAAAAGUAUUGCUGAGUUGCAGGAGCAAGCCAAACAAGAUCCACACGCUGCUAAAGGUUUAGAAUUGCUAAAGAAGUAUGAUGCUGCAGCCAAGAUUUACCAAGCUGCUGAACAAGCUGAGGCAGCUGCUGAGAAGGAAAUGGUUGAGAAAGGGGCUUUAGCAAAAAAAACACAGAAGGGCACCAAAGAGUAUUAUCUCGCUUGGGCAGAAAAACACAAGGCAGAAAUGGUUUUUAUUGAAAAGAUUGAACGAAAAUGUGAUACCGAAUCUGAAAGAAAUGUGUGCUACGUAGAUUGGAGGAAACAUGAGCGUGGAACUGACUCCAAGGAAGCGCAAAUAGCCCAGCAUCGCGCAGAGUUGGCUCGCACAAUGGAAUAUGUUUACAGUGAUAGCUCUCCAUAUUGGACAAAAUGGUACAAGUUGUGUAGCAAAGCUUGGUGGGUGUAUUAUCAGCUCAGGGCAGAAGGUUAUGACAACAUUGCAGAUGAGCUCUAUACGGCAAGGGAAGUGUUUUGUGAUCGUAUAAAAGAAGAAUCCAAUGGUAAAACCUUUCGCAAUGCUCGCAAUGCAGCCUUAGUAGCGUUGGAUAAAUGGGAGCAGGAAGACGAUCGUGCAGCCUGGAAUAAGGCAAAACCAAAAUACAACGUUCUCCUAGCUAAAUGGAAUAUGUUCAGACUCAAAGGCGAACAGUUUGUAAAAGAACUGCAGAUUGAGGUAUAUGAAUGUGCGAUAAAUUCUCCAGCCCUGACCGCGCUCAUGAAUGGAGCAGAUCAGCAUGAAUUGUGGAGUGAUAUUCAUCACAAUGGUUGGACAAUUAGUGCACUGAAGGACGAAUUGGACCAAAAGAGUCGAGCAAUUGGAGAAUUGUAUGGAAGAAUAGGUGAACUAGAGAGGACAGUUGGGGAAAUGCACACACGUAUCCAGUCGCUAAUCCACAUGAACCAAUCAUCGAUCAAUUCGCAAUGUAAACAGCUUGAAGAAUUCGAAGCUUUUGCACGUACCACACUAGAGCAAGAGUGGCAACAUUGGUUGGAAAAGAUGACGUCAUCACGUAUAAAUUUGGUAAAUUGGAUCCAGGAAAGAAUUGCUGAAAUGACAGCAUUGGAAGAAGAAGAAGCUGCCGCUCGUAAUAAGUAUAACCAUGAAUUUAAUGAUUCGGUCAAAGAAGUUGAGAAACACCACUCUGUGCUUAAGGAAAUGUUGAGUGGGUGGAUACUUGAAUAG